AAACCGUACAGCCAUUGGCUUUGAGUGACAUCUAGGCCAUAUGUUGGAGCAAACCCCACACAAUGAAUGAGUUCAACUUGAAUGCUCCCAUGAAGGAUCCAAAAAGUGCACUUUUAACACAACUUCAAGACGGUGACCCGGACCCUUGCUCUGUCCGUGUUCACCGCGGUGCUGGGGUCGCUACAGUUCGGAUACAACAUCGGCGUCAUCAAUGCUCCCCAGAAGAUCAUUGAGCAGGACUACAAUGCCACGUGGCAGCACCGGUACGGGGAACCCAUCUCCCCCGGGACCCUCACCUCCCUGUGGUCGCUGUCCGUCGCCAUCUUCUCCAUCGGGGGCAUGGCCUCCUCCUUCUGCGUGGGCUUCGUCUCAGAGUGGUUGGGCAGGAGGAAAGCCAUGCUGAUCAACAACCUGUUUGCCUUCAUCGGGGGCGGGCUCAUGGGCAUGUCCAAGAUCUGCCGCUCCAUAGAGAUGAUGGUUUUGGGACGCUUCGUCAUCGGGGCCUACUGCGGUCUGGCCUCCGGGCUCACCCCCAUGUAUGUGGGGGAGAUCGCCCCCACCAGCCUACGGGGGGCCCUGGGCACGCUACACCAGCUGGCCAUCGUCACAGGCAUCCUCAUAGCACAGGUGCUGGGUCUGGAGGCCCUGCUGGGCAGCGAGGCGCUGUGGCCUGUGCUGCUGGGGGUGACCGUUCUGCCCACCGUCCUGCAGAUGGCGCUGUUGCCCUUCUGUCCAGAGAGCCCCCGCUUCCUCUACAUCGUCCGCAGCCAGGAGCACCAGGCCAAGAACGGCCUGCGGCGGCUGACGGGCCGUCAUGACGUGGGUGACCUGCUGGCGGAGAUGAAGGAGGAGAAGAGGAGGAUGGACAUGGAGAGGAAGGUGUCCAUCCCGGAGCUGUUCCGCUCCAACGUGUACCGGCAGCCCAUGUUCAUCGCCAUCCUGCUGCAGCUCUCCCAGCAGCUGUCCGGGGUCAACGCUAUCUUCUACUACUCCACCAGUAUCUUCAUGAGGGCUGGGGUGCAGAGUCCCGUCUACGCUACGAUAGGAGCCGGAGUCGUCAACUGCGCUUUCACUGUGGUGUCGCUCUUCCUGGUUGAGAGGAUGGGCCGACGGACCCUCCAUAUGCUGGGACUGGGAGGGAUGUGUGUGUGUGCCCUCGUCAUGACAUUGGCACUCGCCUUAUCGGACAGCAUUCCGCCCUUCGUCAGCAUGCUGGCCAUCUUCGGCUUCGUGGCGUUCUUUGAGAUCGGGCCCGGGCCCAUCCCCUGGUUCUUCGUGGCCGAGUUGUUCUCCCAGGGCCCGCGUCCGGCGGCCAUGGCGGUGGCGGGCUUCUCCAACUGGACCGCCAACUUCCUGAUCGGCAUGGGCUUCCAGUCCUUGGCUGACCUCUGCGGACCCUACGUCUUCCUGAUCUUCGCCGGGCUCCUCCUCUUCUUCCUCGUCUUCACCUUCUUCCGCGUGCCGGAGACGCGGGGGAAGACCUUCGACCAGAUCUCCGCCAGCUUCGGCCAGCGGCCGGUGUCGGGCAUGAUGGACAUGGACCUGGGCCUGGACGCAGAUAAGCUCAGCACCGAGCUCGACUGCCUGGGGGAUGACCUGAACUGAGGAGGGGUUGGAGGUGGAGGGGGGGGGGGGGUAGGGUUGAACUGGAGGCGUGCGGGUUUGGGUGGGGAAGGGGGGGUUUGAAGGAGAGACAAGGUGUAGAGCGAUGGAACUCGUACUCGAGACUGCGUUCAAUCGAACACGAUUCCCUUCUCUGGUUUCUGUGGAGAAAGGUGUCAUCAGGAUGGUAGGGGGGGUGGGGGCAAGGGGGUGUUUGAGAUGAAGAGGAUUCAGCACUUCAGGACGGCGACCGGAAUCGUGGCCCCGUCCCGUGCGAUGGCCCCUGGACAAGGGCUGAGGCAGACCUCUGAAAACAUUCUUGGAGGGAGGAGUCGACACGAUGGGAGCUGUGCACGGUACCCAUCGCUUGAUGUCCGAUGGGAUGGAGGAGAACUCGCGCUUCUGGAGCUGGGAUGUUCAAGCCGGAAGAGAUGCAGAAAUAUUCCAAUGCUGCAAUAUUUGCUAGAUGGAAGGUCGAGUAAGAUUUUGUGCACUUUAUCUACAAAUCGUUUUUAGGUGAGAAGGCCAGACAAGUGAUUGAAAAUUGAUUGAGAAUUUGUUAUCGUGUUCACUUCCGAGUCUGCCAUUACAUGGCUUUUAUAAGGGAAUUUGUAUUAAUAUUGCCCAGUGUGUGUUGAUUUAUAUGAAGGUAUGAAGCCUGCGAUUUAUUAAAUCAGAAUUUAUGAAUGCUACUCGUAACUCAAAAGACGAAUGCAUUUUAGUGUGCGUCGUACACGCUUGGCACUGCAUUGUCUGAACGUUUGUAUUGAGCACUAUGGCGUGACUUCCUUCUGUAGACUUGUUUAAUAUAACUGAUGUUUGAAGGUACUGUCGGAUCUAGUGUUGACAAGGCCCUGAAGAGACUGCCUCAUGUUUUGCCUUGUUUGUAGGGUUGAUCUAUAUUCCCAUAAAUUGAAUGUGGUUGUAAUUAUACCUAGUGGCAA